GGGGGGAUAUACACGCACGACCCGUCGUACGCGGCGUUCUUUGACCAGCGGGAGCAGGAGCUACGUGAGAUCGAGGUUCGCCGACAGCGGGAGAUCAUGGCCAGGGCAACGCAGGGGUCGAUCGGUGGCGCGCUCCAGGAGAACAGCAUCCAGCUCCACACGUCCCAGCGAGGGGGCGGUGGAGGUCUGCCGCAGUCGCCAGGGACGUCCACACCUGCGGACCCAGGACCAGCCCCCAGCCCAGGCGUGUUGCCAGGGGAGACCGGUACGGUUGACGCGGGGGACCUCACGAACAUCAAGCGCAUGCUCGUGGAGGCGCAGUUCGGGUACGUCGUGGGGCUGGAGGACGGGAAGGAGUCUACGUUCAAGGCGGCGUUCUCCAGCUCGUGGGGCAAUCGCAAGAUAUCCCAGAUUGCAAGCACGCUAUUCCAGAAGCAAAAGAUCACGGAGCCCAAGCGUAAGGACGAAAAGAUAUCGGAGUUGUGGAAGUAUUAUCAGAACCUCGCCUGA